AUGCAGGUAGAAACUUUGCCAGAGGAAGUUGUGAAGAGGAAAUCGGUUGAACUCCUCCAGAAAUUCCUUGGAGCCAACGUGACCUUACCCGAGCCGACAGGAAUGCUUAGGUCAACCUGGUUCUCAAAUCCAUACAUCAGAGGUAGCUAUUCUUACGACAGUGUGAGUUCAAUGAAGUACCCCAACUCCAGGGCGGAUUUGGGCAAACCCCUUCUAGACAGUGCUGGCACACCAAAAGUUCUUUUCGCGGGAGAGGCGACCGACUUGACCCAGUUUUCGACUGUACACGGCGCCAGUGAGAGUGGCUACAGAGAAGCAAUGAGGAUUCUAUCUUCUUAA